AUGUCCUCAUCAACGAUAAACCCAAUCUGGCCUGGAACCCCUCCUUCACCUUUCACUGUAGGAUUGUUCUCUACAGAAACCAUACUCUCUUCGCCCAACAUGUCCCAAGAUCCUCGCGUCCUUCUGCAAAAAGCCGACAAAGCGCUCUCUGGAGCCUCGGGUGGUUUUAGCUGGUUCGGAGGACGCACCGAGAAAUAUGAAAAUGCCUCCGACCUCUAUACACAGGCUGCAAACGCCUUUCGAGUACAGAAGAUGACUGACACUGUCAACCUUUCUGCGCCUGUAGAUAAGGAAGCUGGCCAAGCCUUCGAAAAGGCUGCUGCUAUUCAAACCCAGAAUCUUAAUGAGCCCGACGAUGCCGCCAACACUCUCCAGGAAGCGUUCAAGGUCUACCGCAAAUCAGACCCGGAGGAUGCUGUCCGCGCGCUUUCCAGCGCGAUCAACCACUAUGUGCUACGUGGCAACUUGCGUCGUGCCGCGACACAGCAACAGUACCUGGCGGAGCUGUAUGAGGUUGAGCUUGGAGAUAUGAAGAAGGCGCUGGAUGCGUACGAGAAAGCUGCGGAGUGGUUUGAGGGUGACAAUGCCGAAGCUCUCGCGAACAAGCAUUUCCUCAAGGUGGCCGACUUGGCUGCUCUGGAGGGCGACUAUUACAAGUCCAUCAAUAUUUACGAACGGAUUUCUCGCCAGUCCAUCACUAAUAACCUGAUGAGAUGGUCUGUUAAGGAUUACUUCUUGAAGGGUGGCAUUUGCCACCUUGCCACAAAGGACUUCGUCGAGACGGGCCGUGCCUUUGAAUCGUAUCGUGAAAUCGACCCCACCUUCACCUCCACUCGAGAGCAUCAGCUUCUCGUCGAUUUGCUCCAAGCUGUGGAGGCUGGUGAUCAGGAAGGGUUCGCGGACAAGUUGUUCCAAUUCGACCAGCUCAGCAAGCUGGACAAGUGGAAGACCACUCUUCUGCUGCGUAUCAAGAAUAGUAUCGAAGAGGCGGAAGAAGACUUCUCGUAG